AUGGAACAGGAUGACAAAUCUGAAAAGAAAAGAGCAGCAAAAGCACUUGCCGUUACCAAUAAGGGUAACGUGGACGUGGUCGUGGUCGUGGUCGUGGACGUGUUUGUGGCCGCGGACGUGGUCGUGGUCGUGGACGUGGUCAUGGUCGCGGUCGUGGUCGUGGUCGUGGUCGUGGUCGCGGUAGGGGUCGUGGACGUGGUCGUGGUCGUGGUCGUGGUCGUGGAUGUGGACGUGGUCGUGGUCGUUGAUGUGGAGGUGGAGGUGGAGGUGGUCGUUGACGUGGACGUGGUCGUUGACUUGGACGUGGACGUGAACGUGGUCGUGGACGUGGAUGUGAACGUGGUCGAGGACGUGGACGUGAUCGUGGUCGUGGACGUGGAUGUGAACGUGGUCGUGGACGUGGACGUGAACGUGGUCGCUGACUUGGACGUGGACGUGAACGUGGUCGUGGACGUGGAUGUGAACUUGGUCGCGGACGUGGACGUGAUCGUGGUCGUGGACGUGGAUGUGAACGUGGUCGUGGACAUGGACGUGGUCGUGGACGUGGUCGUGGUCGUGGACGUGGUCGUGGACGUGGUCGAGGUCGUUGUCGUGGUCGUGGUCGUGGUCGUGUUCGUGAACGUGGUCGUUGACGUGGACGUGGUCGUGGUCGUGGACGUGGACGUGGACGUGGUUGUGGACGUGGACGUGAUCGUGGUCGUGGACCUACCUGCUAGCCCAAAUCCCACCAGCUACCCUGUUAGCCCUUUAAAUGUAGGGGUCGUGGACGUGGUCGUGGUCGUGGAUGUGGACGUGGUCGUGGUCGUUGAUGUGGAGGUGGAGGUGGUCGUUGACGUGGACGUGGUCGUUGACGUGGACUUGAACGUGGUCGUGGACUUGGACGUGGACGUGAACGUGGUCGUGGACGUGGAUGUGAACGUGGUCGCGGACGUGGACGUGAUCGUGGUCGUGGACGUGGAUGUGAACGUGGUCGUGGACGUGGACGUGAACGUGGUCAGAAAUGACGGCCAAGACAAUGCAUUUGAUCGUUGA